CGCAGGACGGAUGCCUCAUGGUCUCGGGCUGUGCGUUCUGAACGUCGGAGUCCGACCGCGCAAGUAGCCCUAGGCUGAGACUCAUCGCGAAUCGCGUACGACAACAGCACUCUUCCAUUCCUCUUUACGUCCCAUCCCUCUCUCUCUCUAGCGUCAUCCCGAGAUGCCUGCGAACUGCAGCUAUGCAUGGUCCUGGGCGAUGGGCCUCGAGCUAGUCAUCGUGUCGUUCAUCCUCUGCUCUGUGCUUUCGUCGCAGAUCCCGUCGGCUCAAUGCAGACAUCUCGACGAGACACUGGAUGACACCGGGACCUUCCUGGAGUCUGUGAUUGAGAGGGGCUUGCUAGUCGGUAGUGACGUCGGCGAGGCACAACAGGCCCUAGCCAGCAUGCAGGCGCAGGCCGUGGAUCUCAAGCUCUGCUCCCAUUGUGCGCCGUCGAUGGUACCACAGGUGAAGGGAUUGUUAGGCGGCUUGUCGUACAGCAUCUACCGCCUUCGGCGACGGGUGGAACUCCUUCGCGCCAGAAUUGCUAGGCGAGCAUCGGACGAGCUGAGGCGCUUGAAGAACGAAGGUGGCCCCCAGCGCAAGACGCACGGUUCAAGGUCACACCAUUCUUCCGUUUCACUGAAUCGCGGAGCCCACAUUCAUAUCGCUCUUAGACAGAACCAUGGACCGCCGUGUUGUCGUGAAGGGGAGAGUAUGUCAGUCCUGGUGGUUGACGUAGGGGUGUUCUUCGCGUGCGGUAUAUGGACUACCAGUGGUCGGCCCUGUGUAUUGCUCGGAUCUGGGCUCGCUAUGUAACAGGCGCAGGCUCCUGUAGCCUGAGUUACGACACCGCGCGUACGUGCCCGCUCGCCGUAAUGCGCAGGUAAGUAUGCGCAGUGUUCUCGAAGCUAUCCCAGCGACCUUGCAAAGUUGCUCCCGUGUAG